UGGUCGCUGGGCUGCGGCAGCCGGGCGGGGAACCUUCAGGUGGCGCCGAAGCGCCCGAGGUCUGGAAGGCGCAGAAAUGGAGCAAGAGCCGCAAAAUGGAGAACCUACUGAAAUUAAGAUCAUCAGGGAAGCAUACAAGAAGGCCUUUUUAUUUGUUAAUAAGGGACUGAAUACAGACGAAUUAGGUCAGAAGGAAGAAGCAAAGAACUACUAUAAGCAAGGAAUAGGACACCUGCUCAGAGGAAUCAGCGUUUCAUUGACAGAGCCUGAACACAUAGGUGCUGGGUGGGAAUCUGCUAGACAGAUGCAACAGAAAAUGAAAGAAACACUGCAGAAUGUACGUACCAGGUUGGAAAUUCUGGAGAAGGGUCUUGCCACUUCUCUACGGAAUGAUCUUCAGGAGGUGCCCAAGUUAUAUCCAGAAUUUCCACCUAAAGACAUAUCUGAAAAGUCACCAGAGCCUCAGUCCUUUAGUUCACCUCCUCAGCACACUGAAGCAAAUGGAAACACUUCAACAGCAAGUACAGGGUUGGUUGCUGCACCUAGUUCUUUAUCCUUACCAUCUCAAAGUCAUCCAGCAGAAGCACCUCCUGCUUAUACUCCUCAAGCUGCUGAGGGUCACUACACUGUAUCCUAUGGAACAGAAUCUGGGGAAUUUUCAUCAGUUGGAGAAGACUUUUAUAGGAAUCAUUCUCAGCCACCUCCUCUUGAGACCUUAGGGCUAGAUGCAGAUGAGCUGAUUUUGAUACCAAAUGGAGUACAGAUUUUUUUUGUAAAUCCUGCAGGGGAAGUUAGUGCACCUUCAUAUCCAGGGUACCUUCGAAUUGUGAGGUUCUUGGAUAAUUCUCUUGAUACUGUUCUAAACCGUCCUCCUGGGUUUCUUCAGGUUUGUGACUGGUUGUAUCCUCUAGUUCCUGAUAGAUCUCCAGUUCUUAAAUGUACUGUGGGAGCUUACAUGUUUCCUGAUACCAUGUUACAAGCGUCAGGAUGCUUUGUGGGGGUUGUCUUGUCUUCUGAAUUACCAGAGGAUGAUAGAGAACUUUUUGAGGAUUUAUUAAGACAGAUGUCUGACCUUCGGCUUCAGGCAAACUGGAACCGGGCAGAAGGAGAAAAUGAAUUCCAAAUCCCUGGAAGAGCUAGAUGCUCCUCUGACCAACUGAAGGAAGCCAGUGGCACUGAUGUAAGACAGUUGGACCAAGACAAUAAGGAUGUGCGUCAUAAAGGAAAAAGGGGGAAAAAAGUAAGUAAAGCUAAAGACACUUCAAGUGAAGAAGUUAAUCUGAGUCACAUUGUACCCUAUGAGCCAGUUUCAGAAGAAAAAGCAAAGGAAUUACCUGAAUGGAGUGAAAAAGUGGCUCAAAAUAUUUUGUCAGGUGCUUCCUGGGUGAGCUGGGGUUUGGUCAAAGGUGCUGAAUUUACCGGCAAAGCAAUCCAGAAAGGUGCUUCUAAACUCCGUGAACGGAUUCAACCAGAAGAAAAACCAGUGGAAGUUAGUCCUGCUGUGACCAAGGGACUUUAUAUAGCAAAGCAGGCUACAGGAGGAGCAGCAAAAGUCAGUCAGUUCCUGGUUGACGGAGUUUGCACUGUAGCAAAUUGUGUUGGGAAGGAACUAGCUCCACACGUCAAGAAGCAUGGAAGCAAACUUGUUCCAGAAUCUCUUAAAAAAGACAGAAAUGGGAAGUCUACCUUGGAUGGUGCUAUGGUUGUAGCUGCAAGUAGUGUUCAAGGAUUUUCAACUGUCUGGCAGGGAUUGGAAUGUGCAGCCAAAUGUAUUGUUAACAAUGUUUCAGCAGAAACUGUACAAACUGUCAGAUACAAAUAUGGGCAUACUGCUGGAGAAGCUACACAUGAUGCAGUAGAUUCUGCCAUCAAUGUUGGUGUAACUGCCUAUAAUAUUGACAACAUUGGUAUCAAAGCAAUGGUGAAGAAAACUGCAAAAGAAACGGGACAAACACUCCUUGAAGACUAUAAAAUAGUUGAUAAUUCUAAGGGAAGAAAUCAAGAAGAAAGAGCAAACGUAAACAUGAAAAGGGAGAAGGGUGAGGAGACAAAGGAACUAGAGAAGAGUGAGGCAAAGAAGAAAGAGAAAUGAUGGAAGUGCUGUGAAUCACCUAUACCAAAGCCUUACAAGGUGGAUACAUUUUUGUUAAAUAGGCAAAUGUGGAAUUCCCCACAGAUUAACCAGUGUUUUAAAAAUGUAUUCAUUCCUAUGAAGUGACUAUUUCAUAAGCUUUAUAGCAUGUAUUCUAUUUACAAGGAAAAGAAUCAGUAUUCUUGCAUAUGGCCUUUAGAAUAUAGGGUUAUAUUCUCAUUAUUUUUUCUAAAUGUGGCUGAAAUAUUUUUGCAGUUAAAAUAAGAUUAAUAAUACAUAUGCUAUAAACCUCAUUAAACCUGAUGUUAAACUAUUUUUGUAUUUGCUGUCUUUCAAAAAGCAAGAUAGGAAAUUAUAUAUUUACAUAAAAUUUGGCAUUUAGUAACCUUAGCUCUAGUUGUACUUGAAAGAAUGACUUAAAAUAUUGUCUGCUGGCUUUGCACUAAUUGUGGAUUUUUUUCCCCCCUAGGUGCUUAUCAGAAUUUUCAGUGUGUAAGCUAAAAAUAACUAUAAUCCUAAACUAAAAGAAUUCUCAGAUAACAUUUAAAAGACUUUUUUAAUCAUGAAAAAUAAGAUGAGGUUCUAUAAAAUUAUUUGGUAGCUUAUAUCUUCGUUAGGAAGAGGGAUGGUCUUUCUGAUUUAGAAUGAAUACAAAAUUUUUUUUUUAAUCUUCUAGAUUUAGACUGCUAUUGAUCUACUAGGAGCCUAGGAAGUUUUGGUAUAUGAUUGAUAUUGUAUUAAAAUUUGUGAAUAUCAUCACCUUAAUUGGACAAAAAAGUACUUUAAGAAAUUAUUUUACCAUAUCUACUUCUUUAAGUUACUCCAAGAGGCUAAAUUUGUAUAAAAAAUAUAA